AUGAGCAGCUCUUUUCCCUUCUCCAGGUCACUGUCGGAGGAGAGGCCGGUUGCUGCCCAGUGGGGCUGCCAGCUGAGCGCGGGCACCCGCAGCUGCGUGGAGGAGUACGAUGACUUCUUGGAGCACUUGAUCCUGCUGAGAACGAUCUGCCUGGGGGCUGAUGCCAGGGAUGAGCUGCACGUGGUGGCUGUUGAGUCAAAAAACAGUGACAGAGACCUGAAGCCGGUGCCCAUCGCGAUGCUGAGGCCCUCGGUGCUCCCCAUGAUCAGCUUUAAAGCUCUGGAGCUGGUUCCUCCCGUCACCUUCGUGCUCAAGUGUGGAGCUGGGCCAGUCUAUCUCGGCGGGCAGCACAUCACCUUGGAAGAUGCUGCCACAUCUGAAGCCCAUGAGGAAGAGCUCUCAGAGGAAGACAUAGGUGAUGAGGAUGAUGAUGGAGCAUCAUAG